UUUUUUAUUGUAUAAAUCGGAGCGGGUUUUUAAGUGUCUGAAAUUCUUUGACUCUGACUACCACAAAUAGGAAUAUUUCCUUAGAAUGUGCGUACUAAGCGAUAAACCGCGUAAUAGCUAUUCUCUCUAAACGCAUUACGUUUGCCACUUUAGUCCUACAACGACCUAACUGCAUUAAAAUAUCAAGGCUACUUAUGACUUUGCAAUUUGACGGUCGCAUUGUUAAAACACGCAUCUGUUGCGACAGUUCUAGAAAGGACGUAAGUAACCAAAAAAAUACAAGCCAAUAUAACCCCUUGGUCAGUUGUCAGAAAGCAUUGUUAAAACCGGGCUUUAUCUAUCCAUCGUUACUUACAACUGGCCAGGUAGCCACGGAAAGAGACAACCUAACGCCACAACAAGCAUUUACACUGGACUGCAAAGAAACGCUCAAUCGAUACAAUAUAAACGGACAAAGCGCCAUUUUGACGAAAACCGCUCGACAUACGCGCUCAUAGACAACACCGUUGGAAAGAACAGAAAAAAAUAGCCUAAAAUAGUGUGCAAUACGUCGGUAUAAACUGUAAUAACGGCCCGACGGUUGAUCGUUUAGGUUUUAAACGUCGAACGCGGGUCGUAAUCUGCGAUCAAAAUGGCGGCCGUCUUACGAGCGAGAGAGUCCGAUUCGAAUUUGGAAAAUUGGUGUUUUUUUUUCUGUUGUAAAGAGAGCAGUAUAGUAUAAGGUUAGGCGGAGAACAGGAGGGGCGAUCUGAGGCAAAGCGGUGUGAAGGGAAAAGUGUCGUGGACAGAUGAGGCGCCCUGUCGCGGGAUAUGUCCGGCGAUCCGCAGAUGGGAUACAGACGCAAGAUAGAUCCUUUGGAACUAUGUUGGCAAAGAAAACAUAAAGCAAAUGAUUUGCGGCGCAAAUUAUCCUUAGAAAUGUUAAAGUCCUAUAUAAUUAAAAGAAAGAAAACAAAUAUCAAACAGAGUUAACAAUGCUCCUUCGGAAAUACAAAAACAAACCUCGACCAACAAUAGAUGGACUUAUGCCACAGAACACAGGUCAUUUUUUAUCUGUAGGCGUCAUACUUAGUAAAAAUCGGAGUUUUGGUUUGGAAUAGGAGGAUUACUCGAUCUGCUUUUAUAUCCUGUUUGUUAUUUUAAUAUUUAUGCAUAACUUCUCAAUCUUGAUCUUAUUAUUUAGAAAAAAGAUAUACUUACAGUGUAUAACUUCAAUACGGGCGAAUAUAUAAAAGGUGGUUAGCAUAGGACCUAAGAAGUAUAUGGAAAUAAAUGUUGCUUCGAAAUACAAUGAAAAUAUUUACUUUACUGAAUAUGCCCUUAAACGGAUACCUAUUAUUUUUGAUACACCUUGUAUGAUAAUUUACUUACUAUUGGUUUCAGUUAUUAAUAGCGUUUUUCAAUAAAAGGACACAUCAAGAUUGUUUACCCUUUUUCUUAUGCUAAAAAAAUAAUUAUAUCAUAGCAUUCAUAGCGUAGCGCAAACAUGGUUUAUAGAGUCGAGCUCGAGAUAUAUCUCGCGACAUAUCCCCGUCCCAACAACCCCGCGCACACCGGCUACCUAUCUUUCAUUGCACGUACGCGCGCGGGGGGGCAACGCGGGAGGGGUCGCGCGGAGCCAUCUUGCCAGCGGCCGCCGAUCCGAGCGCGUCUCGCGACCCAGCGCUCGUAAUUCGCACUAAUUACCCACCAAAACCAGUGAAAAACUUACAAAAACUAGUGUUUUAUAGUGUAAAAGUGUUGUGUUGUGCUCUCGGAUUGUUCGUGUGAAAGAUACCGGAUGCGGGAUGUGUCAGUGAUAAGUGUAGUGGUGUGUGUGCGUGAAAAUGUGUUGUGUGUGUGUGAGGAGCCGGCGCAGAGCUGAAUGAUCACUUCCAUAGAAGACGCGGUAUGGAGAAGGAGAAUGGGGAAGGCAGCGACGCCGGCAAGCCGCCGCCCGACGGGCUGCUCGACGCCGCGGGGCUCUUCGGAGCAUACUGGGGCCGCGACGGCGCGGGCGGCGCGGCGCAGGCCCAGGCCCAGGCUCAGGCGCAGGCUGCGCUGUUCGGCUUCGGCGGGCGCUACCCCACACCUCAGAGCUCGCUCGGCGGUCACAGCCAGGCGUCCUUCCAUCCUGCAGCCAGUGCAGCAUGGUGGUCCAUGGCGUCUCACCUAGCGGCCCAAGACUAUCUGGCUCGAAUACAAGCCUCUGGUCUGGGGUUCGGCGGGCCGCUUGGUGAUCCUUACUCGGCGCUCUCUGCGUUAUCGGCCAAACCUGGGAAGGGCAAGCCGCAACAGAGAAAUGAGAGGUCCGGGCGGAGUAGCACAUCAUCGAGUGCAUCGACGAAGGAGAAGAGUCAAUCCACCGGCAACUCGCAGCCGAGUAUGAGUGAGUGGGGAACAUCAUACGGGUUUCCAAAGACCUCCUCCCCCUCGACCAUGCACUCGCAUUCCCAAGCGAUGUCCAGCUUAGCUUCUCUAAACAGCUUGGCGUCCGCCCCGCAUCAAGCCAAGCCGAGCAAACAUCAGCCAAGCCAGCCUCGCAAAUCGUCCUCAUCGUCCUCGUCGACGACUUCGUCGAAAGGCAAGGAGCGGGAGCUGGCGCUGCUGCGCGGCGACCUGAUGCUGGCGCAGGCGGCCGCGCACGGCGCCUACCACGCCGCCGUCGCCGCCGCCGCCAAGGGCAAGAACAUGUCCCCGCUGUACCCGUUCGGCAUGCCGGGCUCCGACAAGGACCGGCACGGGGCCAUCGACUCCCUCACCGGGCUGCCUCACACUAUUCUUAGUGCUGCAUUGGAGGGGGGUGAUCCGUCAUCGGUGCUAGGCGGGGUAAGACUUCCGCCCGAUACAGAAAUUAUCAAAUACACCUCCUCGCUAACAGGGCCGAAGGCGCCGCCAGGGACGACGAAUCGUGGACGCAAGAAGACGAUAUCCCUGGACCCACCGCAAGUGUCCGUCCAUCCGUCCACGGAGCGAGGAGCACCGCUUCCUAGCAAACGGCAAAAAGUGGACGACUACGGCAACUCCCGGUCAUCAGUCGAAGUGAUCCGGUUGCCGAACAAACCGGACCGUGCCGGACACCGGACGGACAGUCCGGCCAACCUUGCUGACUACGCGGGUAUAUCCCGCGAGCUGCUACAGACGAUAGCGAGUCAGAGCGGCGUCAGUCUAGCGGCCCUGGAGAGACAGCUGGCUGGCUCCACCGCUGCCGCAGAUUCCGGUCUUAAUUUAAGCACAAAGUCAAAUAACACGAGUACGGAGGAUUCUCCGCUGGAUCUCGGACUAAAGACUGGCGGAGAUGAAGAUGCUCCGCUAAACCUCUCCCUUAAACCCACGCCUCCGAGCACACAAGCGUCGGACGCGUUAUCGCGUCUCACGUCGCUCAGUAGUUCGCUCAACGCGUCGUCGAGCAACGACAGGAUAUCACGAAGAAAGCCUGGCGCUAAGCCUCGUCGCGUGGUGCCUGAGCUCAACUCCCAAGUCGCAGACUCCCCCAGACCCAAGUCUAGUGGUAGUGAAGACAGUGAAUCUGUCGGCUGGCCGAACCGCGAGGGCCGGCCGCGGAACCUCGGGCGCGGGGUCAGCAAGCCGAAGAAGAACACCGUCGCCUCGCUGCUCGCGCAGAGCCGCGCGCUCGGCCUGCGCCCCGCGCUGGCGCAGCAGCUGCUGGCCGAGACUGAUCUGGAGAAACUGAAAGCUUUACUCGGCGAGACAGCGAGCACGGACAGCGAGUGUCCGUCCGACAGUUGUCCCUCGGACUCGGACGCCAGCGAGUCCAGUCGGCUGCACGAUUCAUCGUACAGACUACCGCUUGUUAGAGAUUAUAGCCUGCAGGAGAAAAUGAAAGCUUUAAUCGGCGAGACUGCGAGUACGGACAGCGAGUGUCCGUCCGACAGUUGUCCCUCGGACUCGGACGCCAGCGAGUCCAGUCGGCUGCACGAUUCAUCGUACAGACUGCCGCUUGCUAGAAGCUGGAAACGAAUAACUGUGAUCAAAGGUCUCUCCCGAAACUGCAAUAUAAAGGGUGACGUCACUUAUACUCCUCCUGAACCACAUCAGGGCAUGAAGAUAAAGAGCAUGCAAGAAUUACAAACAUUCCUGGAUUCGAACCCUCAACCGCCUCUAACAACUGAGCACUUCAGCUUCAGUGCUCGCCUCGUGCUCGGAGAGUACAUCCAACCGGCGCCGGAGUUGCCUGAGCCGUUGCUGUUCAGUGAGCCCGAGAUUAAUAAGAGAUUGGAGGAAGCCCGGGCCCUAGCAGCGCUGACGGGCCCGCGGCCCACCCCGCCACCUGUCGACCGCCGCAUCGAGCUGGCGCGGCGCCAGCAGGCCGCGCGCGACGCGCGCCGGGACGCCAGCUCGCGCUCGCGCGACCAGGUCACUAUGUUUGAGGUAGCCCGGGCACUAGCAGCGCUGACGGGCCCGCGGCCCACCCCGCCACCUGUCGACCGCCGCAUCGAGCUGGCGCGGCGCCAGCAGGCCGCGCGCGACGCGCGCCGGGACGCCAGCUCGCGCUCGCGCGACCAGGUCACUAUAGGAGGUAGCCCGGGCCCUAGCAGCGCUGACGGGCCCGCGGCCCACCCCGCCACCUGUCGACCGCCGCAUCGAGCUGGCGCGGCGCCAGCAGGCCGCGCGCGACGCGCGCCGGGACGCCAGCUCGCGCUCGCGCGACCAGGUCACUAUGUUUGUUUAGAGGAGGUAGCCCGGGCCCUAGCAGCGCUGACGGGCCCGCGGCCCACCCCGCCACCUGUCGACCGCCGCAUCGAGCUGGCGCGGCGCCAGCAGGCCGCGCGCGACGCGCGCCGGGACGCCAGCUCGCGCUCGCGCGACCAGGUCACUAUCAGCGCUGACGGGCCCGCGGCCCACCCCGCCACCUGUCGACCGCCGCAUCGAGCUGGCGCGGCGCCAGCAGGCCGCGCGCGACGCGCGCCGGGACGCCAGCUCGCGCUCGCGCGACCAGGUCACUAUGUUUGUUUAGAGGAGGUAGCCCGGGCGCUAGCAGCGCUGACGGGCCCGCGGCCCACCCCGCCACCUGUCGACCGCCGCAUCGAGCUGGCGCGGCGCCAGCAGGCCGCGCGCGACGCGCGCCGGGACGCCAGCUCGCGCUCGCGCGACCAGGUCACUAUCAGCGCUGACGGGCCCGCGGCCCACCCCGCCACCUGUCGACCGCCGCAUCGAGCUGGCGCGGCGCCAGCAGGCCGCGCGCGACGCGCGCCGGGACGCCAGCUCGCGCUCGCGCGACCAGGUCACUAUGUUUGUUUAGAGGAGGUAGCCCGGGCGCUAGCAGCGCUGACGGGCCCGCGGCCCACCCCGCCACCUGUCGACCGCCGCAUCGAGCUGGCGCGGCGCCAGCAGGCCGCGCGCGACGCGCGCCGGGACGCCAGCUCGCGCUCGCGCGACCAGGUCACUAUGCCGCGCGCGACGCGCGCCGGGACGCCAGCUCGCGCUCGCGCGACCAGGUCACUAUGUUUGUUUAGAGGAGGUAGCCCGGGCGCUAGCAGCGCUGACGGGCCCGCGGCCCACCCCGCCACCUGUCGACCGCCGCAUCGAGCUGGCGCGGCGCCAGCAGGCCGCGCGCGACGCGCGCCGGGACGCCAGCUCGCGCUCGCGCGACCAGGUCACUAUGUUUGUUUAGAGGAGGUAGCCCGGGCCCUAGCAGCGCUGACGGGCCCGCGGCCCACCCCGCCACCUGUCGACCGCCGCAUCGAGCUGGCGCGGCGCCAGCAGGCCGCGCGCGACGCGCGCCGGGACGCCAGCUCGCGCUCGCGCGACCAGGCGCGACUAGUCAGAGAGCUCGAGCGAACAGAAAAAGCUGAGCUUGCAAAACGCGAGAAGGAAGCGCGGAGCGCACAACUGCUGGAGCAUAUCAACAAGAACCGAACGCAGCUUACCAUCGAGCCGCUACCCUCGAUACCGAAAACCGAUACCGAAUGGAAAAUACCCGAUCUAGUGAUGGGCCCGGCUACCAAAACCAGUAAGGACCGCACUAUGCCGCCCAUAAGUCUAUCGUUAAUACCUGUAUCUGGUAAAGAUAGUCAGAACAUACCGAUAAAGUUAAAUCUAGAACAAAGCUGGAAAGAUACUAUAGAAUACAACGCUUUAGACAAAAUGAAAGACUUCGCUGAAAAGGCCGCUUUCGAUCUGCCCAAAAGCUCUAAACAAAACUUCGAUUUCUCUCUAUUGAAAACGCAAGAGAAAAAAACUAAAACUUCCGACAGAGAAAACAGUCUAGAAAAACUUAUAGAAUCAUAUUCACGAAUAUCAGAGUUCAUUAAUGGCUGCGAUUGGUCGAAGCUACAGGACAAGAAAGAUGACACAAAAACGCUCGAACAGAAAUACAUUGACGCUAAAAACGAGUUUAUGUCACAGAACUUAAUGUUAAUGCCUAAAAAGACUGUAAAAGAAGUUAUAGAUCUAAGCGAGGACGAUGAACUGACAGAAUUGACAAAGAGAAUAAACAAAGGUACCAUAAAUAUCGGGAAAGAUGGAGAACUGUCGAUUUCGGUACAUAAUUUCGGAAAGGAAGUUUCGGCCAAAAGGCGGAAACACGAAGAGAUUGAGAAACAAAAAGUUGAGGAGCAAGUCAAAAAACAACAGGACAGGGAACUAAAACGGCAGCAGGCCAUGCUGCUUAAAGAACAGCAAAAGUAUAUAACUGAGGAAAGAGAGAGACGGCGACAACACACGACGUUCAUCCGCCAACUGGACUCGCGAAGGAGAUGGGAGGAGCGAGAGCGACGGAAACACCAGAACUUACUAGAUCGGCUGCUGGCGAAAGAGAAGAAGUUACAGCAGAGGAGGAAAGAGAUGGAACUACUCGCUGAACUAAGACGACCCCAAGAAGACUCCACACUAUCAGAUCAGAAACCCCUCCCAACCCUUAAUCGGGUCCCUGGCUUGAAGCUGCCCGGUCAAGCCAUGGCAGAUCUGCUUCAAGCAUUCGAGUUUAUACACAACUUCGGGCAGACGCUAGGAUUCGAUGUGGAUUCAAUCCCGUCACUGAAUACUUUACAAGCUGCAUUGCUGCCGGCAUGCAGUCCUGAAGUGGAACUGGAGCUGAUGCAAGUUCUGACUCAUCUCCUCGUCUGUGCCAUUGAGGACCCCGGCAUUCCGCACCCAGGACGUCACACUACAUUACUCGGUCACGCUCUGCGCAUGGGCGACAUCACGGAACACAACCUCAGCGAAGUGCUCCGUAUAUACCUGUACGCCAACGCGACUGGCGAAGUUAAGGCUUUGACUGGUCUAACUGCGGAGCGGGAGAGAGAGCGGAGAGUGGCGGAUCACCACCAAACUGACGCUGAAAUCCAACAGACUGUGUCAACCACGAAGAAUGGUGCUUACUACGAGCAUCUGCACAACAACAAUACAUACAAACUGUCUGAGGCCCUCCGCGACAAGCCGUUCCUGGCUCUCAACGCGACCACAAAGUCCGCCAUCUUGGCGUUCCUUUGCAACGAGCUGCUGCAGAACAAAUCAGUGCUAAGACAAAUCGACGGAGCCCUAGAUCACCUGAAUCAGCUGAAGAAAGAGCGGUACCUUAUGGACAUGAAGAUACGGAAAGUACGAGUCCUCCACCAGCGUAAGCAGCGAGCGGAGCAGUCUGAGAAACAACAGUUACUGGCCUUGGAACGGAUGCAGCGGCUGGUGGAAGAGAGUACCGCAAGUCUUAGUCGCGCUUCGCCUCAAUCGCACGAGGAUGAACAAGCUACCCCCGAAAAAGACCACAAAGAAGACGACAAAGAAUCCACCCCCGACAUCGCGCCCUCCCCCUACAAAGAGGAAAGCGACAAAGAGCUCUCCCCCCUAAAAGACAACGCGAAGAAGGAACUGAUGAACAAUAACAAGGAGGAAUGUUCUCCGCAGGACAAUAAGGUGGAUAAGGAUAGUGUAAUGGGGGAUUGUGAUGCGAUCUUGAGCGAUUUGGAAAGUGAAGGAACGCAGCCGGAAGAGGACGAAGACAAAAACCUAUCUGCAGAAGAAUUGUCACGGAAACUGGAGAAAUUGCUGCGACAAUCAGAACAACAGCUCCAACAGCUCGCGGCCGGCUCGCAUGCUCUGAGGGCCACGUGCUACGGGCAGGACAGGUAUUGGCGGCGGUACUGGUCGCUGGGCAAGUGCGGCGGCGUGUUCGUGGAAGCGAUGGAGUCUGCGCAGCCGGAGAUCAUGGACUAUCAUUUUGCACUCGAAGAGACGGCACGGAGGCCUGCCGAACUUAGGAGAGUAGUAAAAGAAUGCAAAGACAUUCAAGCCGACGUCGCAACCGAGGCCCUCAAGAAGGAAGAAGCCCUGAAGAGCGAACUUGAGUUGAAGAGUAUAAAGUCCGAGCUGAAUCUCAGCGACCACACGCAGAUCAUCAAGUAUGAGCCAAAUGUCAAACAUGGAGCGUGUAAAGUCGAAGGAUCAAUAAAAAUGGAGGAGAAGUACAUCCAGCACAAGCAGAUGAACGAGGAAGAGAUGCUGGACAUCGAGGACUCCAUCCCGACGGCUUUCCUCGUCCAGAAACCCACGCAUACUCCCAUGUUCGCUGCGCAACCAGAAGCUGUAGAUAAACCACAGGAAAUCGUUAAAGUGGAAAACGUAGUCAAAAAAGAGGUCGAAAAAGAGGAACCGGAAGAACAGAAAGACCAACUAGUCAACAAUUUGGAAGAACUCCGCAAAAUGGCCGAAGCUGUGUCUUCUCAACUCGACGCCGCGAAAAAAGCAGAAGAAAUCAAAGAGGUAAAGAAGGAAAUCAAGAAGGAAGAGAUAAUGGAGCCCGACGCCGCUCAUAGCUAUCUAUACACUAAAAUGCUUGAAGGAAAAUGGUUCUCGAUACUAAGACAUGAAAAUUCCUUUUUAAUUUCCGAAGAGAAAGACCAGAAAGUCUACUGCGAUAAUGAACAUACCUGCUCGGAAAUAAUUAUGUCACAAGGGCAUAAAUGGGACGUUUCAAACAAUCUACAUUUGCUGAAUGAUCCAAGUUUAUUUACGUUGAACAGUAUGGUGACAAGUGUUCAGGUGCCGAGUAAUAAUGUGUAUGCGGAUUCUAGCAUGUCCAUGUCUGGGCUGGACCAGGACAUGCUGGAUGCGAGUAAGGAGGGGAUUUUAGGGUUUUGGGAUGUUAAGGAGGAUAGUAAAGAGCAGGACAACGAUCUAGAAAAGGAACUCCAAGCCGACGCCCUAAAACACGACAUGGCCUCCCAAAAGGCAAAGGCCUCCUCCCUGACCUCCCUCGGCCUCCUCAAUUUCAACGCGCUCUCGACGUACGUGACGUGCGACAGCCCGCCGCCUAUUCAGAUGACUGCCGAGGAGAUGCAACAGUUAGACAAAUGUAAAGUGCAUGGACUGCCGAAGAAGCAGGGAGGUGCUUUCGUACCUAGGGAGUUAAGACACGGAUGGUGGCGUAUCACGGACCCCGACCAACUGAAAGAGUUGAUAGAUUCCCUGCAUCCGCGUGGUGCGAGGGAGAAGGAACUACAUGCAUCGCUCGUACAGAAUACUCCUACGAUUAAUAAUAAGCUAUACAUAGACAAAGGCGACGCGUCGUGCACAGAACUAUCCAUCACCCCCCUGGACCGAGCUAUCAUGGCUUCCGGCGGAUACCCUCCUCCUGAACCUCCGGGCUCCUUCUGCGCUGUCACCGCCAGACGCUGCGACAUGCAGCUACUUGGCAUGGUGGAAGCGUUGGAGGAGCGCGUGGCCGCGGCGUCCAUGCAGAUCCCGGGCUGGCGGCCGGCGCGCCUCGCGCUGCCCGAGGAGGCCAGCGGCGCCGAGAUCGUGGCGCGCGCGCGGCACAAGCUGGCCUCGCUCGAGGCGAACAUCGAGAGGAGAUACCUCAAGCCGCCUUUGGUACAAAGGUACGCUAGCAACUCGGACGCGUCCCUCGGCGCGGCGCGGCAGGGCGAGCUCGGGACCGCGUCGGCUCCCUCGCCGCACGACUCGGACGUUGAUUCUAAACCUGAAACAAAAUCCCUAGCGCGCGGCCUAGCAACGUGGCGAGAAGCAGUCGCCAGAUGCAAUACUUCAGCUCAACUCGCCAUGUUGGCCGCCGCGCUCGAAGCCGCCACGGCGUGGGACAAGAGCGUCAUGAAGGCGUACUGUCAAUUCUGCCUGCUGGGAGACAACGAGGAGCAACUGCUGUUGUGUGACGGCUGUGACAAAGGCUACCACACGUACUGCUUCAAGCCCAGCAUGGACAAGAUACCCGAAGGCGAUUGGUACUGUUGGGUUUGCGUGAACAAGGCCCGCGGCGAGCGAGUGUGCAUCGUAUGUGGUGGUGCAUGCCCUGGACGGACUAUCCCGUGUGCGUUGUGUGUACGAGCCUACCACCACGACUGCCACUACCCACCUUUACCUAAGAAUCCACGCGGGAAAUGGUACUGCUCUCAAUGCAUCUCUCGCGCUCCCCCCAAGAAGCCACGCAACACGAAGAAGAAGGACAGCAAGCAUAAAGAAGUGAACACCAGCGUCGAUGCCGAUCAGAAUAUGGUGCCUAGCCCGGCGCCGUCGCACGCGUCCACGUCGACGCUGGCCGAGGACGCGGCGGCCGACGCGCCGCCCGAGCCCGAGCGCGAGCCCGCGCCGCCGCCGCCAGGUGAGCUCCGCCACACACCCACACCCACACCCGGCCGUCGCACGCGUCCACGUCGACGCUGGCCGAGGACGCGGCGGCCGACGCGCCGCCCGAGCCCGAGCGCGAGCCCGCGCCGCCGCCGCCAGGUGAGCUCCGCCACACACCCACACCCACACCCGGCCGUCGCACGCGUCCACGUCGACGCUGGCCGAGGACGCGGCGGCCGACGCGCCGCCCGAGCCCGAGCGCGAGCCCGCGCCGCCGCCGCCAGAGCUCCGCCACACACCCACACCCACACCCGGCCGUCGCACGCGUCCACGUCGACGCUGGCCGAGGACGCGGCGGCCGACGCGCCGCCCGAGCCCGAGCGCGAGCCCGCGCCGCCGCCGCCAGUACCACCAGACUUGCCUGAGGACGGACCUCCCCCAGAAAAGCGGCGCGCCUUACAAUACGUCGGCGGAAAUGGGGCUCUACAGCACGAAGCAGACGGUGUUGAUGGAAUAGAACCCGACGCAGAAAACGUGCCGCUGCUGUCUCGAGCGAAGAAAGAGAAGCACAACGCGAAGAAACUGCAGAAAGAACUGCAGUUCUGCAAGAACUUAUUGUACGAGAUGGAAUGCCACGAGCACGCGUGGCCGUUCCUGCUCCCCGUGAACACCAAGCUGUUCCCGCAGUACAAGAAGGUCAUCAAGUGCCCCAUGGACCUGUCCACCAUCAAGAAGAAACUGGAAGACAACACGUACAAAUGCAAAGAAGAGUUCGCGUCCGACGUCCGGCUGAUAUUCAGCAACUGCGAGGUGUUCAACGAGGACUACAGCCCCGUCGGCCGCGCCGGACACAACAUGAGGGAGUUCUUCGACUCGCGCUGGGCGCAGGCGUAGGCCUCCCUCCGUACUGUGUACUGCGUGUGGACCCUGCGUGCAGAGGGCAGCACGGGAGCUUGGCGAUUAUGUCAGUUCGUUUUCAAUCUAGAUUGUAAGAUUGCAGACGUUUCAUCGCACAAGGGAGCUCGUGUGAACAGUAGGGGUAUGGAGUGUGGAUUUAAAAGGAGUGAAAUCUCUUAUGGUAGAACUGUUGCAAGUGUCCAGCUGACAGCUAUAAAUAAUAGUUCCAAAUCUCUCCAGAGUAGCGCUAGAGUAGCUAAGAACCUAGGCGUUAUUGACGGAGUGAAGUGCGCUGUCUAUGAUUUGAUUUUUUUUCAAGUAUUCUAGGUAUUGUAGCGCCACCUAUUUAAGGUUUUUUGAUGACACUUUUUGGUACAUGGAGAUUUAAUUCCUUACAUCCACCUUUCAUAAGUAGGGGGUUCCUAUUGACGUGAAGUGAUGUCAAGUCAAAGUUAUCUAUUUAGUAUGGAGGGUAGAGGCAAGGAGAAAACUUAUGGGAGAACAGUUGCAAGUGUCCAGCUGUCAGCUAUAAAUAACAGCUAGAGUAGCUACAGGACAUGAAAUGAACUAAGCCGUUAUUUACGAAGUGAAGUGCGCUGUUUGAAUUUUUUAUCAAAUAUUCUAGGUAUUGCGGCGCCAUCUAUUAGAAGAUACUUAGUUUAACUUUAUCCUUUUUAAUAUCAGCCAGUAAGACUUUAAAAGUUGUCUCUUUACUUUUGGGACAGCCAUAUGUUUUUGUGGCAUAAACGGCCGUAUUUUAUUUUACGUUCACUUAGGUUUGAUUUUAUCACAGCUUCAAGUGACUGUAGGUCUUUCUUAAGAUUGUUUGACGAACCCUUUUUUAUACACGGUUUACUCCUGACCUCUACCCUCUAUACAAUUUAGGUCACAAGGUGACAAACCCUAUACGACGGUUCCAUAUUACCAGACAUAGGAAUCCGUGGGGCAAAAUUGUUUGACAAGUAGGGAGUUCCUGUAUCGAUAAACUCUACUAUCGAUGCCAUUUCUAUAUACUAGUGAUCACUCGAGGGUUUGCUUAUAGUAAUACGUUUUUAUUAAGAGUAAAAAUAAUAACUCAAUGUACUCUUCUUCGUUUUUAAGACAAGACAAGACAAUUUUAUAAUUUUACUCAUCCCAAUUAUUUUCUUCGUGAAUGUCCCAUUUACUAUUGUUAAAGUAAACGACCAGAAUUUGUUCCAUAUUUUCGGGUAUUAAGCGUCUAAAAUUAAGGGAGUAAAAUUAUAAAAUUGUCUUGUCUUGUCUUGUCUUAAAAACGAAGAAGAGUACAUUGAGUUAUUAUUUAAUUAUUUUUUACUCUUAAUAAAAACAUAUUUUUACAAGCAAACCCUUGAGUGAUCACUAGUAUAUAGAACUAGCAUCGAUAGUCGAGUUUAUCGAUACAGGAACUCCCUACUUGUCAAACAAUUUUGCCCCACGGAUUCCUAUGUCUGCAUAUUACCUAUUAUGGUUGGAAGUACAGACCUGUGAAUAUGGAUGAAUUAAAUUGUCAUCGUUAAUAUGAUUAUGCUGGCCGAUCUUGACUGGCCAAAUGACUAAAAAACAAUGUUAAACUAUGGCCGAUAAGUAAGUACAGUCGAGUUCAUAAAUAUGUAUACAUUUCUUCUACAUUUUUUCCUUUGCGAUAAGGUGAACUCGACUGUACUACAGAGGCUAACAACAUAAAUAGAAAUACAGUACUCUAACUGAUUGAAGACAUUGACAAGGCUCUGAGAGUUUCCAAAAUAACCAUUUAUAAGGCAUAAGGGUAUCAGGAAUUAUGCAUAAUUGAACCCUAUUACUUUGAAUUAAAGUUCAAAUUCAGGUGGGAUAUGUAUUCCCUCUGUCUUAUAAUUGCAUAAAAGUCAUGAAAAAGAAUAGAAAAGGCAUUGAACUUUUAUUCCACAUUUCAUUUUCUAUACCCUAAUGAAUUUGACUUGUUUUCAAUUUUGUAUUUGCUGAAUAAUUAUCCUAAUUUGCUUCUAGACAAUAUUUACAGCAUUUCUUUCAUAAUCAUUGAAUCUGUAUACUUUCAAAAAGAGUGUUAUAUCAGUUCAAUGGCCUUAAAAUAUUCACACAAAGAAAACGAGAAACAUUCCAAACGAAAUUGGAUUCUAAACACACGAACACAGGUCACGAAAUCGCACGGACCUUAAGAAUCUCAUCGAGGAGAAAUUGUGAUUAUUAUAUAAAGCAACGCACACGUUUAAACGUUGUUGAGUGUAUUUAAUAUGUAGCUGACUGUACAUACUAGUGACUAAUAAGGAUAGAAUAAAAAAAGUAUUAAAUAGAGUUCUAUUUUUAAGCAUAGAGAAGAUAGAGUAUUGAAUGUCGUUCGAUUUUUUUUGCGCUUUGCAUCGAACCAGUAUUUACCCGAUGGGUAUUUUUUUUAAUAAGUACGUUGGAUUGAAAGGAAAAUUUUCUCGGUGGCCAGUCUCUUAGGGAGGUGUAAAUGUAAUGGAUGUGUAAAAAAUUAUUAAAAAUUAAAAGUUGUCUAUUUGAAAUUUCGCUGUAGGCGGCAGUAAUUAUUAGUAUAGUGAUAGGAUAGAGGAGAUGUACUUUAGUUGGCCUGUGGACCGCGAGGGAACUGCCUAAAUAACUAACCUAUUCGGUAUAUGACAAUCCACUUCGUCCGUUUACGUCUCUUUCGCUCAAAUAAGCAAGAGCGAUAGAGACGCAGAUAACGAAAUUUCGAUGUUUGAGGUGGUCGCUCUGGUUCUAAUGAAUAUUCGGACUAAUAAACCUAACAUUUUAAAAAGGCGGCCGAUUUUUUCUUAUUUUUUAUCAUUUCGGCUCAACGUCUUUCUGACAUAAAUUUUGUUCAUUUGGCUGUUAGCACAAACGUUCUAACUAUCUUGAACCUUAUGUUGUUUAUGCAUUUUGUAUCACUAUAGAUAAAUUAAAUUAUAAGUAGCCCCAAAAACAUGUAUAGUUCGCCACAAGUUUAAUAAAAAAAAAAUUAAUUAUUAGAUGACAUGUUUUUCAGUUCUUAAUUUUAGGUUUCAAAGUCAAAAAUUGUACUGCGAAGGCAGUCCAAAGCCUUUAGAACUGGAAGCAUCUGUCAUUUAUAAUUUGACGUCAUAGUUUGACAGUUCUCCGCGGUAGCGUAGGCAAGGCCUAACUCAUGACAGAAUCUGUCAGUGUGUCAGAACUGUAUAGGUAGCGGGACUGUAGCUAUCGAUUUAUUUUUGAAUGCGAUAUUGACAGUAAAUUGAUUAGCAGAUAUUUACAUUUAUUCUGUUUCUCACUGAAAAAACAUUUGGUUUGUAAUAUUUAAAUGGCAAUAAUUUAGGACUCCAGUGUUUACUAAUAAUUAAUUUAUUAAAAUCUGUUAGUUAAUGUACUGUCAAUAUUUAUUAUUUACACUUAUCAUUUUGAACUUCUAAUUUCAUGAAAGAUUUAUUUAUCAAGCUUUUUAACAGUUUUCUUCUAAAUAAAUUGUUAUUUUCAGUGAAGACGUUACUUUUUAAUUAUUAGUAUUUUUUAAAGCACUUUCAAUCAAAAUCAUGACAAUUUUGAACAGUCGCUCUUUUUUACUGUCAACAAUUUUGAUUUUCAUGUCAUUUUGGCAACAGGCGUAGAGCCGCUAGCUAGUCCUUAAUGGGAGAAAAGCAUCUUUCUCUUUCUAUCAACCUUAAUUAGAGUGGGAUACAUGCUUCCUCAUUAACAGCACUUUUUGUUCAUUACACUUUUUGAACAUUUUUUUCCAACGUCUUUGUAAAAAAUUUGCAACUAAUAGUCAUUUUGAUUUAUUUUUAAUUUAUUUUUAGAUGUUAUUUAUUUACGUUUCCAUUUUACGCUGAGCCGGUCUAAAUUUUGUACUUAUAAAGGUUUUUCUUUUGACCUUGUAUGUAUGAAAAAUGUAUGGGAUUGUAUUAAAAACGCCAUAUCAAUGUGGUCAUCGAUCAUCGUGCAACAAAUACAUUUAAAAUUAGUCUUACUAACUUUAUACCGCUGAUUUUUGCGUUUGAUAGAAAACUACUUUUUGGCAAAUAAGGCAUAUCUCAAAGAUUUAUUUUAAAUAAAUUGAAGAUAUCAUUGUGCCAAUAGAACAAUAAUUAACUUGAUAUGACAAAUAGUACAUUACGAUACAAGUGCGAAAAAUAGGAAAUUCGAAACGAGUGGCGAUAAAUUAAAACACGACCGAAGGGAGUGUUUUAAAUCGACACGAGUUGCGAAUUACCUAUUCGCACAUGUAUCGUACAACGUUUUACAGUACAUAUGGCCCUUUAAAUGUUCGACACAGUAACAUAAUAUGCUACUUCUCGCACUAGUGCUAUAAAGUAGCCCCAUAUGUACUGUAAAAUAUCUUUCGUGUCAUGUCUUAUAAACUCACAAUAAUUUGUGAAUGUAGAUUUUUUUUUAAUAGUAAUUGGUAAAUCAUCGUUAAAAAAAUCUAUAUGCACGGACCGUUUUUUUUUGGUUCCAUAUUCGAAAUUUGAAAUGUCUAUAUGUUAUGCCUAUACCAAGAUAUGUAUUGCAAUCUCAACUCUACUGCCAGCGUGUAAGGUCGAUUUUUAGAUAAUGUCGGGUUUCGGACGACACUAGCGCGCCUAGUGAAUUAAAUACGAAACUAUUUGCAAUUUUUCCAUUUACAAUGAAAUAGUAAUUUUAAAGCACAAAUGACUUUCAACGCGUGUACUUAAAUUUUAUUACAACUGUCAACUAUUUUUUUACUUUUUUUUGGAUUGCUUAUGGCGCUAGUGUCGUUAAAUUGAGCACUUUAGGACCCAAUGUUUUGAAACUAUAUACACUUAAGAGAAAAAUGGAGGACCGGCGCGAUGUCACCCUUUCAUACAAACUCCCCCCUCCACUCCACUCUUUUCAUGUGUUGCAGGCGUACAUAGCCUACGGAGACUGCUUACCACCAGGCGGGCCGUAUGCUUGUUUGCCACCGACGUAGUAUUAAAAAAAAGUCCAUUUUCCUCUCUGGAUAUUAACAUAAUUGUUUUUUUUUGACAUAAUUUGUUGUAUAUCAUCAACCUAUGCUCCUUUUGUUUGAUUUUUUUUCGUUUGGAGUUAAAAGCAUUUGACAUUUUGUAUGAAAUCUGUUUUUCGCUCCUAAUUUUUAUGAUAAUACAAUAGGGAGUGUGCAUGAACUGUAGGAGGCAGCACAGGAGCCGUCAGAUUUUUGGCGCGAGGCGUAAAUGUGAAGUUUUUUGUUCCGAUGUAGCCCACAAGAUGGCAGAACCUACUAUGCACAAGAAAACACUUGACGUGUAAAUGUGCCUGUUUAUGGUUCCGAUUCAGACCACAAGAUGGCAGACCCUCCAACGCGCACGGUCCCUAUAAUCGAAACACGUUAAACGUAGGGGCAUAGUUAUGGUUAAUGUACAUCAAAUUAUUAUGUAAAAAUGUUUUCCAAAAUGUCAAUACACAGAGAGGAAAAUGGGGAAAUCGGCCGUCCUCUUUCCUCUUAAUAGUGUCGGUCCAAGCUAACUUUGCAUGCCAUUUGCAAUGACAAAGUGUGGUCAUGUCAUCAUUAAUGUCAAAUUUAUAUGAAAAUCUGACGUUCUUCUGCUCACUUUGUUCUGUUUAAUUUGUUUAUUUUAGUCAAUGCAAAGUUAGGUUAAGCCAAUAAGUGUUGCCAACUGUACUUUAUAGUUUCACACCGGUCCUAUGGUGUCAAAAGUUGUCAAAUGUCAUUUUGACAGUCGGAACCUGUCAGACAUAUUUUGGUAAACAGUCCGAGGUGUAUGAUAGGUACGAAUGUGUUAUGUUGUGUGCAUCGGUUGGUUUUAACUAUAAAUGAAUAUAUAAAUUAUAUACGAAUAAAAUAAAUAAUUUUGGAAGCACU